CACAGGUGUGGAUCCUAAGAGCUAAUCCAAGCUUCUACAAUAAUAGAAGUAGAAAUAACAGGAAAUAACAAGAGCCACGUAUGAGAUGCUGCUGCAAUCUUCUUCCUCCCUCUUGAAUUGGGGUAUUCUCUGUUCCUCUCAUGCUUCUCUCAAUCCCUCAACCUUCAGUUAUCAUCACACCAAAUUUCCAAUUUCUUUGAGAUUCUCCUCUCUAAAAAUCAGAGCCACUGUUGACGAGAAGGACCAAAAUUUUCAAGCUUCCAUUCUCAUCCAAGAUGAACAAAACAAACAACCCAACCAGGAAGUUGAAGAGAGUGUAAGAGUGCUAAAAAAUGCUGCCAAAACAAGAAAGGUUCCAGGAGAGGAGAUCAUGGCUGCUUUCUCUGUCAUUGAGAGAGCAAAAAUUGAUUCCUCCAGGUUUCUUGAAACACUCGGUGGAACCAAAUCUCCUGGGAGGACGUGGAUGCUCAUUUUUACGGCUGAGAAAGGGUUAGGAAAAGGGAAAUAUUUCCCAAUCACAGCCAUUCAGAGAUUUGAUGCAGCUGCAAAGAGGAUUGAAAAUGGCGUCUACCUGGGGCCUCUUGGAUUCUUGACAUUUGAAGGGCCAUUUUCAUGGAAGAAUAGGAUUCUAGCUUUUGUAUUUGAGCGGCUUCGGAUAAAAAUUGGACCCUUUGAUCCUUUUGAUAUCAGUAUUAAGGGAAAAGAAGAAAGAGAACCGAGCAAUAAGGAUAAGGAUCCAUUUUUCAUCUGGUUUUACAUUGAUGAGGAAAUAGCCGUUGCUCGAGGACGGAGUGGAGGGACAGCUUUCUGGGUCCGUUGUCGACGUGUCAGCUAGUCGUGAAAGCAUUUGUAUGUAUGUAUAUUUUGACUCUCCCAAUGCACAUGACAUUAGAUAGAUAUAUUAUACUAAUGAAAUUGUGAAGUGUAUGGUAUAUGUAAAGGAACAAGGAGAGAGAUUGUCAAUAUUAUAGGGAUCGUUCCUUUC